GGAACCGUAUAUGAAAUUAGGCGAAAUCCCAAGUAUCAAAGCUCUACAAUCCAACAAAAAUAGUGUGAGAAUUUUAGGUGGUGAGCAAAAAGAAGGAAAAAAAAAGACCUUGGUUAUUGCAUAAUGCAGCCCAAAUAGUUUCAUCUACGUUUUUUCAAUCAAUUGACAAUUCUGCAGAUAUAAUAAAAAAAUAAAAUAAAAUAUAUAUAAAUAAAUAUUCAUCAUCCAAUACUUUAGAAACCCCACAUCCUUCUUCUCCGAGAAAAAGCCUUCGAAUAAAAUUAAACGAUGAAAUUGUUUGGACGAUUCGUGUACCGAGCAAUUCAGUCCAGCUGCAACAAUGGCGGAUUUUUAUCAAAACCAUACAACCAACCCAGCGCUGCUCGAGGAUUGUACAUAUACCGCCGGUUGCUUUUUUCUCCUUCAACAUCUCACCAGUCUAGGGAUUUUACCGGUUUACCCUCGUCGAAGUCUUCGUUAGCCCUCUGCAACUGGAACCAUUUCCGAGGGCAGAGGAGGAGCAUGUUUAUCCAAACACAAUCGACUCCUAAUCCUGCGUCUCUCAUGUUCUAUCCCGGGAAGCCUGUUAUGGAAACGGGAAGCGCCGACUUUCCUAAUGCGCGUUCUGCUAUGAGUUCACCACUGGCAAAAAGCCUGUAUGGAAUCGAUGGAAUUACGCGGGUCUUCUUCGGUUCCGACUUUGUAACCGUGACAAAGUCAGAAGACACCACAUGGGAUUUUCUGAAACCCGAAAUCUUCGCAGCAGCUUCAAUGGACACAGCUAUAAAAGAGGAUGAUUCCGAGGUUGUUGCUAUGAUUAAGGAACUAUUAGAGACUCGUAUACGUCCAGCUGUACAAGAUGAUGGUGGAGAUAUCGAGUAUGUCGGAUUCGAUCCAGACAGUGGAAUAGUCAAACUAAGGAUGCAAGGAGCCUGCAGUGGCUGUCCUAGCUCCUCCGUCACUCUUAAAUCUGGGAUCGAGAAUAUGCUCAUGCAUUAUGUGCCCGAGGUCAAAAGUGUGGAGCAGGAAUUUGACGAUGAAGAUGAAAACACCGCAUUAACUGGAGCACCAUACGAGUAAUUAACUUGAAAAAGUAUCGCCUUCGUUUUAGAGUAUUAGAGUCUUAUCACUCCAUUUUAUAAG